AUGUCGGAUCUGCAAGGGCGAAAGGUCUUCAAGGUCUUCAACCAAGACUUUGUCGUUGAUGAGCGGUACAAUGUGACCAAGGAGCUGGGUCAGGGUGCAUACGGUAUUGUCUGCGCCGCCGUGAACACCCAGACAAACGAAGGUGUUGCUAUCAAGAAAGUCACCAAUGUUUUCAGCAAGAAGAUUCUGGCAAAGCGCGCUCUGAGAGAGAUCAAAUUACUGCAGCACUUCCGUGGUCAUCGUAAUAUUGCGUGCUUGUAUGACAUGGACAUUCCACGCCCAGAUAACUUCAACGAGACUUAUCUAUAUGAAGAAUUGAUGGAAUGUGACUUGGCCGCUAUCAUUCGCUCCGGCCAGCCCUUGACAGACGCCCAUUUUCAGUCUUUUAUUUAUCAGAUUCUAUGCGGCUUGAAGUACAUUCACUCCGCCAACGUGUUGCAUCGUGACUUGAAGCCUGGAAACUUGCUCGUCAAUGCGGACUGCGAACUCAAGAUUUGCGAUUUCGGUCUUGCCCGUGGUUUCUCAAUCGACCCGGAAGAAAAUGCGGGAUAUAUGACUGAAUACGUCGCUACUCGAUGGUACCGUGCUCCUGAGAUUAUGCUGAGCUUCCAGAGCUACACGAAAGCUAUCGAUGUCUGGUCGGUGGGCUGCAUUCUCGCCGAACUUCUAGGCGGUCGUCCAUUCUUCAAGGGCCGUGACUAUGUUGACCAACUCAACCAAAUCCUCCACUACCUCGGUACCCCAGCUGAAGAGACUCUCUCCCGUAUUGGAUCGCCCCGUGCACAGGAGUACGUGCGCAACCUACCAUUUAUGCCAAAGAUCCCCUUCCAGCGCCUCUUCCCUCAAGCCAACCCCGACGCCCUUGACCUCCUCGACCGCAUGCUCGCAUUCGACCCAUCGAAACGUAUCUCGGUCGAAGAAGCAUUAGAACACCGCUACCUCCACAUCUGGCACGAUGCCUCUGAUGAGCCCUCAUGCCCCACAACCUUCGACUUCCACUUCGAAGUCGUCGAUGACGUCGGUGAGAUGCGCAAGAUGAUUCUCGACGAAGUCAUCAACUUCCGUGCCCACGUCCGCCAGCAACAGCAAGCCGCAUAUCAGAACCAGCAAUCGCAACAAGUGGCCCAAAAUGUUCCGAUCCCGGAACACAACCAAGGUCCAUGGAAACAAGAGGACCCUCGGCCGCAGGAAGCUCCUCUUCCAGGUUCGGUCCAAAACGAUCUCGAGGCAUCGCUUCAGCGGGGUAGUGACUUUUUACACUGA